UCUCACCCAAUGCCCAGAGAGCCCAUGCACCCAUCAAGGCCAACUGCUUGCCAGGCCUGUGCUGGGCAUGAGGUAAGUCCAAACAAAAGGACAGACCACUUCUUCCGGUGACUUUUAAAUGACUUUUAGAAGCCUUGACUCCUCUGAAAACCUGUUCCAGGCUCUAAUGGACUGACAACUGGGGUUUCAACCUCACGCCAGGAGCUAAAUGGAACAUGCACCAUAAACUAAGGCAGUAGAGGAAGCAGGCUAAGGCCCAGAGGCCCUGGCAAGAUGACCCGGGGCAUGGAGCCUGGUCAGGGCGCCUGGUUCCCUCGAUGUCAGGCCCAGGGGCUCCUGAGGGCUGACAGCCGCCCGCCUCGUGCCCCCCAGGAGCUAAAGCUGAAGGACGAGGAGUGUGAGCGACUGUCCAAGGUCCGGGAGCAGCUGGAACAGGAGCUGGAGGAGCUGACGGCCAGCCUGUUCGAGGAAGCCCACAAGAUGGUUCGAGAAGCCAACAUGAAGCAGGCGGCAUCAGAAAAGCAGCUGAAGGAGGCACGGGGCAAGAUCGACAUGCUGCAGGCGGAGGUGACAGCCUUGAAGACCCUGGUCAUCACGUCCACACCAGCAUCUCCCAACCGUGAGCUGCACCCACAGCUGCUGAGUCCCACCAAGGCCGGGCCCCGCAAGGGCCACUUCCGUCACAAGAGCACCAGCAGUACCCUCUGCCCAGCCGUGUGCCCUGCUGCAGGCCACAUUCUCACCCAGGACAAGGAAGGAAGAGAGGUGGACACAACCCUGUUCGCAGAGUUCCAGGCCUGGAGGGAAUCGCCCACUUUGGACAAGACCAGCCCCUUCCUGGACAGGGUGUACCGGGAGGACGUGGGCCCCUGCCUGGACUUCACCACACAGGAGCUCUCGGCGCUGGUACGGGCUGCUGUGGAGGACAACACGCUCACCAUCGAGCCCGUGGCUUCUCAAACACUGCCCACAGUGAAGGUGGCCGCAGUCGAGUAUGGCAGCACCAACACAUGCGCCCUGAGUGGGUUGGCCCGUGCCUGUCGCCACCGAAUACGGCUCGGGGACUCUGAGAGCCACUACUACAUCUCGCCAUCCUCCCGGGCCAGGAUCACAGCCGUGUGCAACUUCUUCACCUACAUUCGCUACAUUCAGCAAGGCCUGGUGCGGCAGGACGCAGAACCGAUGUUCUGGGAGGUCACGAGGCUGCGGAAGGAGAUGUCACUGGCCAAGCUGGGCUUCUUCCCCCAGGAGGCCUAGGGCCUGGCCUGGGCCUGGAGCGGGGCUCAGAGCUGGAGCCAACACCUGCCCCAGGAUGGACAGACAGCAGGAAGACAGAAUUCUGCAGUCACCCCUGAGCCAGAAGUUGAACAGACUAAUGGCUAGGCUACAGAGGCAGCACUGAGCCGGUACCAAAUGUCCAUCCCGGGACAGACAGGACCUCACGAGGUGACCCUUCUCUUUUCCCUAGUGGUACCGCAGCCACCAGGAGACUCUCCAGAAAGUACCAAAGACCAAGGAGCCUGGACCCAUGCUCAGGGGCUCAGCACUUGUGAGGGGACGCCUGGGGCAGCCAGUACCCCUCACCCCUAGUCCUGGGAGGUGCUGUCUGCAGGUGCCUUGUUGCUGCCAUGUCCUCAGAAAGGGACCGUGCUGUGUGGCCUGAUCUCUGGAGUAUCCCCCACCCCAGUUCCCAAGCCCGGGGCCACCAGCACCCCUUCGUGGCCAUCCCUCACCUCAUUCUCAGGUGCCCGUUCUGUUGGACUGUCCCAGUGGGCCUGCCAUGGGAGGGGCUGGCGGGGACAUCCACAUCAACAGGUAUCUGCUUGAGAACUGCCCCCCAAGCGUUCUUAAGCUGGAUCAAGGCUCCUCCCGCCACCCUCACCCUUGACGUCCCCCGUCCCCGACCUGAGCCCUGUGCCCCAGGAGGUUCUGCCCCCACCACCGCUGGAAGGACGGGGGUACUUUUCUCCCAAAGCAAAACACGGACAGAGCCUCAGGACAUCAUGCCUGUUUUCAGCGGUGGGUGACCAUUCAGACAACAGGGCCUGAGGUCGCCAGGACCUGUACGCAGGACCGGGGUGGGGUGGGGUGGUGGCAGGACCCAGGCCCCUCCUCACCGCUGACAGCCCACUCGGGACCCAAGUACAACCUGGACACAUCCCUCACCAUGUCCGAUUUCCUCCUCUGAAAGGAAUGUAAUGCGAUCUCUAUUUAAUAAAGGAAGCCUUUGUUGGUA